GAGAGAAAGUCCAAUUAGGCUUUUUAUUAUUUAUUUAUUUUUUUUUUAAUUCUGAAAAAUUGAAAAACAUGAAAAUUCACAAAAAGAAUAAGAAGAGGAAAGAGGAGCAAACGCCCGCUAAAUUUGGUUAACUUGUUUCUAAAUUUAGCAGAGCCUCUCAACUUCCUUCUCUGGAUCAUACACACACAGAAAAAACAACAAAGAACUUUGAGCAAACACAGAAUAAUUUUUAUUUUUUUAUUUUAAAAAAAAAGAUAUAGCUUUUUCACGACAAACACAAACACAAACACACAGAUCUUUGAAAAAAAUCCAUAUAUAUAUAUAUAUAUGUACACACACAUACAGUCGCUGUACUUGAUAAAUUAGCGUUAGUUACAUUUUCUGUCUAAUCUAUGUCUUCUCGGCCUCCAAACUACGAGUUUCAGGAAUGGUGGAAUAAGCAAAGAGAUAGAGACCAGGACCUACUCUUACUCGACAAGUCCGACGACCCUUCUUCUACUGCCUUCCUCAGCGUCGAGAUCCGAAGCCCCAUCGCCGCUGAUCGGCCCGUCGAGAAGCACCGGGCUCGGAGCGCCAGACAACUCUCCUGGGUCUGCCUCCUCAAGUUCCAGCAAAUCGCCGCCUCUCUCGCCUCCUUGUCCAGUGGGUUCGUUUCAUUAUUGCGCACCGCCAAUCGCCGUAUCGCCUCCCCAGAUUCGCCUGCCGAUUCGGCGUCGUCGAGGCUUUACAGGGUAAUCAAGGGGUUUCUGAUCGUGGUGCUGUUGUUGCUCUGCUUCGAGCUUGUUGCUUACUUCAAAGGAUGGCAUUUCAGCCCACCUACGUUGGGUUCGGCCCAGAUGCUGGGUCUUGUGGAGUUGGUGUACGCCAGUUGGUUGCAGAUUCGGGCCAAUUACUUGGCGCCGCCGUUGCAGACCUUGACGAAUGUAUGUAUUGUGCUGUUCCUGAUACAGUCGGUGGAUCGAGUGGUGUUGAUGUUGGGGUGCUUCUGGAUCAAGUUUCGGAGGAUUAAGCCUAAGGCGGUCAUGGAGUAUAAGGAUACUCCGUCGGUGGAUGAGGAGGGCAAUGAGAAUGUGGAGGAUUAUCCAAUGGUGUUGGUGCAGAUCCCAAUGUGCAAUGAAAGGGAGGUUUACCAGCAAUCAAUUGCAGCAGUUUGUAUCCAGGACUGGCCAAGGGGGAGAAUGCUUGUACAGGUUCUCGAUGAUUCUGAUGAUACAGAUGUUCAACUCCUCAUUAAGGCAGAAGUACAGAAAUGGCAACAGCGCGGUGUUCGCAUAUUGUACAGACAUCGUCUUUUGCGAACAGGAUAUAAAGCAGGGAAUCUCAAGUCUGCUAUGAGUUGUGAUUAUGUAAAAGAUUAUGAGUUUGUUGUAAUAUUUGAUGCAGACUUUCAGCCAGGGCCUGAUUUCUUAAAGAAAACUAUCCCCUACUUUAAGGGGAAUGAUGAUCUAGCAUUGGUCCAGACAAGGUGGUCUUUCGUGAACAAGGAUGAGAACUUGCUCACCAGACUGCAGAACAUAAACUUAUCCUUCCACUUUGAGGUUGAACAACAGGUCAAUGGUGUGUUUAUCAACUUCUUUGGUUUUAAUGGUACUGCUGGUGUGUGGAGAAUUAAAGCCCUAGAGGAAUGUGGUGGCUGGUUGGAGAGGACUACUGUUGAGGACAUGGAUAUUGCUGUUCGUGCCCAUCUAUGUGGAUGGAAAUUCAUAUAUCUGGAUGAUGUUAAGUGCCUUUGUGAGCUUCCAGAGUCCUAUGAGGCAUAUAAGAAACAGCAACAUCGCUGGCAUUCGGGUCCAAUGCAGUUGUUUCGUUUAUGCUUUGUUGACAUUCUCCGUUCCAAGGUGGGUGUGUCAAAGAAAGCAAAUUUAAUAUUUCUGUUCUUCCUCCUGCGGAAGCUUAUUCUUCCAUUUUAUUCAUUCACUCUCUUCUGCAUCAUUCUACCACUGACCAUGUUCCUGCCAGAAGCUGAGCUACCAGCAUGGGUUGUUUGUUAUGUUCCUGGAAUUAUGUCCAUUUUGAAUAUCCUUCCAGCGCCACGGUCAUUCCCAUUUAUAGUUCCCUACCUUCUAUUUGAGAAUACAAUGUCUGUGACAAAAUUUAAUGCCAUGAUAUCAGGAUUAUUUCGUUUAGGAAGUUCAUACGAGUGGAUAGUCACCAAGAAACUAGGAAGAUCAUCAGAGACAGAUCUAGUUGCUUUUGAAAGGGAAUCUGCUCCUCUAAUGGAAACCACCAGUCUUCAUAGGUCAUCCUCAGAAUCAGGCCUUGAAGAGCUGAGCAAAAUAGAGAUAUCUAAGAAAGUCGGGAAACUCAAACGAAAUCGUUUAUACAGGAAAGAACUUACUCUUGCCUUUAUAUUAUUAACUGCUUCAGUAAGAAGCUUGUUGUCUGCCCAAGGAAUUCACUUCUACUUCCUACUAUUUCAAGGAAUCACUUUUCUAGUUGUUGGUCUUGAUUUGAUCGGGGAGCAGGUAAGUUAAACCAUUUUGGGUACUGUUUCCGAGUAGUGAUGGAAAGCUAUCAACUGGGGUUCAGCCUGGGAUUCAGGUCAAGAGGGCAGAGAUUGAAAAAUCCAUCCAAACUUUGCUGAUUACAGAACUCUAGCAGUUGACACCUGCUAUUAGUGACUAUUGGCUCCCAAUUGAAGCACACGUCAAUUUUUCAUGACACAUAAUUGCAGUCUAUAUUUAUACAUUGUCGGUAGAGGAUUGUUGUAUCGUUAUGGUUUGUGGAGCCAUUUGGUUUUUAGAAGUUAAAAAUCAAACGUCUCAAAAGGGGCCCUAGAAGACUAGAUUGUGUAGUUGGAAUAGAUUGUUCCUCCUGACCUGUUUAUUUGGUAUACCAUAUUCAAAUGUAUACUUGUUGCUCUGUUACAUUAUCAAAUUUGUCAUUCUUUGUUUUGUUUGUUGGAGGAUUGUGUAUGAUUCCAAAUAUUUUGGAUUACAUUAGCGUUUGAAUUUUGUUA